AUGGGCGGAACAGCGCCGAGUGGGGGGCGUUUGGGUGGAACCCAGGGGGGUGGGGAGCGUGUGGGCGGAACCGCGCAUAUAUCUGCACCAUAUUACUGUGGAAGAGGAGAAGGUGGGUUGGAGGAGGCAGGGGGGGGAGGGGUAGGGGGGUGGGAUAAAAGGGAAGGGGGAGGGUAUGGAGAGAAGCACAAGUAUCGGGUGACAGCAGCAGUGGCAGGGAGCUUUGGCCUCACCACUACCCCCCCUCUUCCCCCUCCCGCCACCAUCUGCUCCCCCUUUCCAUCCCCCCCUUUCCCCUCCCGCCACCAUCUGCUCCCCCUUUCCAUCCCUCCCUUCCUUCGCCUAGCCUGA